UACCCCGGUGUUGUGUUGACUUCUUGCGAGCAGACUGAAACAGGUCGUUCGGACACCAUAUUAAUAAACCCAACGCAGUUCACACGUCAAAGGAAUAAGUGUCAAUAUCAGCAUCAGUCAAUGGGAAAGAGGUGAAGAUGUUUAGUUUCGAGGGCGAGUUCAAGACAAGACCCAAGGUGUCACUCGGAGGAGCAAGUAAAAAGGAAGCCAAAGCAUCCCUGCUGCACCGGACUCAAGAAGAAAGAAGAAAAAGAGAGGAUGAUAGAAAACGACUGAAAAAUGCCAUCAUCAUUCAGUCAUACGUACGCGGCUACCAAGACUUGAAACGACAGUACGCCAUCCAGAGGGCCACGUUUGACGAGUGCGCUAGCCAGACUCGGCACACUUUGGAAGCGCCCGCUCUCAGCCUCUUGUCGAGGCAACUCAUCUUUUUCUACAGACAGAGUGUGGAUUCGCAUAGAUUGAUAUGGCUGUGCCAGAACCUGGUGAAACACAACUGUCAGUUCGUCAAGUUGCUGGUGGGUCCGCACAGGCAGACGUGUAUGUUUCAGAUCAAGAGGAUACUGGGAUUCUGCUGCAGACUCCUGCAGAACUGCGGCGACGACAGCUUAAACGUGGCCGUUCCCAUGCGGAUGUUAGAAAUCUUCUCCUCAGAGAGAGUUUACCUGCCCGUCUUGGCCGACGCCAACCAAGUGGCGUCAACAGUUGAGCAGAUUUUGCACUAUAUGGUCCAGAAAGGAUACUACAAGUCGCUGUACAUUCUGGUGAAUCACCGCCUCCCUCCCAGUCUGGAGUACGCCGACUCUCCUUCCAUUCCCCUGGCAAGCACACUAUUGGAUCACAUCCUCAAACCUCUGCACUUUAGCUACUCCUCCUGCACAGGGGGCGCCAGGCAUUUUGUCUUUGCCGCCUUCACCGAGGAGUUCAUUUCAGUGCCCUUCACCGAGCAGAUCUUUCACUUCUUCAUCCCGGCCCUGUCGGAUCCCCGGCUGGCCUUCGCCUUCGAGGCCUUCCUCAGCUCCCUCCAGGGCACCGUCACGUCUUCUCCCGUUGCGCAGAGCUGCGCGCCCUGGAUAUUUUACUUUGUCCUCUCUGCAGGAGAGAAUUGCUUAGGUUCACUUUCAGAGGAAGGCCUGCUGCUGUAUUUAAGCGCCCUGCAGACUUUGCUGCCUCUGCUGCCGGUGACCGAGAGCUGCAGCCGGCCCGAGUUGGGCAGCGACUCCGAGGACGAAGACGACGCCAACGUCCACCCGCCACCCAUGAAGGAUGACAGUCGCAUCUCUGUGCAGCUGAUCACCGACGAAUGCGUGCGCAAGCUGGACACCAAACAGCAGACCAACACGCUGCUCAACCUGGUGUGGAGGGACUCGGCCAGCGAGGAGGUGUUCACCAUGAUGGCGUCCAUCUGUCAUACGCUCAUGGUGCAGCAUCGUCUCCUGGUUCCCAAAGUCAGACUUCUGUACAGUUUAGCCUUCAACGCACGUUUCCUGCGGCAUCUCUGGCACCUGAUCACCUCCAUGACGACCAAAAUGAUUACCGGCUCCAUGGUUCCGCUGCUGCAGCUGAUCUCCAGAGGCUCGCCCAUGUCCUACGAAGACUCCAACCGCAUCAUUCCGCUCUUCUACCUCUUCAGUUCCCUCUUUAGCCACUCGCUUAUCUCCGUGCACGACAGCGAGUUCUUUGGACACGAAAUGGAAGGUCAGACGCAGUCGUCCAUGAUGCCUUUCACCCUGUUGGAGCUGGUGACUCUGUCCCGCUGCCUGAGGGAUGCGUGCCUCGGCAUCAUCAAGCUGGCCUACCCCGAGACCAAGACGGAGCACCGCGAGGAGUACAUGGCGGCCUUCCGCAGCGUUGGCGUCAAGACCAACAUGGAGGUGCAACAGCGCAUCCAGGCCGAGCAGAAACGCUGGGUGCAGCUCUUUAAGGUCAUCACGAAUUUGGUGAAGAUGUUGAAAGCUCGCGACAUCCGACGACCCUUCUGCCCCUCGGGUCACUGGCUCUCUCAAGAGGUCAACAUCCGAGCCGAUAAGGUCACUCAGCUCUACGUGCCGUCUGCCCGGCAUAUGUGGCGAACGCGAAGGAUGGGCCGCAUCGGACCCCUUCAGUCAACACUGGAUGUGGGCUCGGAGCCUCCGCAGCUGUCCGUGUCCGAAGAGAGACAUCUGGCCAUCCUUACUGAGCUCCCUUUUGUUGUUCCCUUCGAAGAGCGAGUCAAGAUAUUCCAGAGGUUAAUCUAUGCCGACAAGCGGGACGUGCAGGGGGAUGGGCCCUUCUCCAACGGCAUCGUCGUCACCAUCCGGCGUAACUACAUCUACGAAGACGCCUAUGACAAACUCUCACCAGAAAAUGAACCGGACUUGAAGAAAAGGAUUCGGGUGCACCUGCUGAACGCCCACGGUCUGGAUGAGGCGGGCAUCGACGGCGGCGGCAUCUUCCGCGAGUUCCUCAACGAGCUCCUCAAGUGUGGUUUCAACCCAAACCAGGGUGUGUUCAAGACCACCAACGAGGGCCUGCUGUACCCCAACCCCGCUGCCGAGACACUGGUGGGGGAGUCCUUUACGCGACACUACUACUUCCUUGGCAGGAUCCUGGGAAAAGCUUUGUACGAGAACAUGCUGGUAGAGUUGCCCUUUGCCAGUUUCUUCCUGUCGAAGCUGCUGGGCACCAGCGCCGACGUGGACAUCCACCACCUGGCCUCUCUGGACCCAGAGAUGUACCGGAACCUUCUCUUUCUCAAGAGCUACGAGGGCGAUGUGGAGGAGCUGGGCCUUAACUUCACGGUGGUCAACAAUGAUCUGGGAGAGGCUCAGGUGGUGGAGCUGAAGCCGGACGGGAAGGACAUUCCCGUCACCACGGCCAACCGCAUCGCAUACAUCCACCUGGUGGCCGACUACCGGCUCAACAAACAGAUCCGGCCGCACUGCCUGGCCUUCAGGCAGGGCCUCGCCAACGUGGUCAACCUGGAGUGGCUGCGCAUGUUUGACCAGCAGGAGAUCCAGGUGCUGAUAUCCGGCGCUCAUGUGCCAAUUUGUCUUGAUGACCUGAAAAAGUUCACAAACUACUCAGGUGGUUACACGGCCACGCACCCCGUCAUCCAGAUCUUCUGGGAGGUGGUGGAGGGCUUCACAGACGAGGAGAAGCGCAAGCUGCUCAAAUUCGUCACCAGCUGCUCCAGACCUCCUCUGCUCGGCUUCAAGGAGCUGUACCCGGCCUUCUGCGUCCACAACGGCGGCACCGACCUGGACCGGCUGCCCACGGCCAGCACCUGCAUGAACCUGCUCAAGCUGCCCGAGUUCUACAGUCAGCACCAGAUGAGGAUCAAGCUGCUCUACGCCAUCGAGUCGUCGUCCGGCUUCGAGUUGAGCUGAGGCUACGGCGGCGGAAUCUCGGGAACGACACGCACUGAAUUUCCUGCUUUGUGUGUGUGUGUGUGUGUGUGUGUGUGUGUGUGUGUGUGUGUGUGUUGAGCACCAGGGGAUGACCAGCCUCGCAUUAAGAGGGCGUAGUCACCAUUUUUCACCAUUUUUUUUCUUGCUGUUGCUUUUAGUUAAUAUAGAAUUAGGUCGUCAGGAAACAAAUGAAUAGCCAUUUUCCACUGUAUGACACCUACUCGCAAAUUACGCUUUUCCAAUGGUAUUACGAGGUACUGUCUCUAGUACAGGGGGUCCUCAGUUUACGACGGAGUUCCAUUCCUUUGAUGGCGACGAAACACACAUUUGUAAGUCGGAAUGCGCCGUAGUCUUAUCGCUACCGUAUGCUAACACAGUAGUCAUAAUUACAGUAAAUAUUUGCAUAAAAAACAUUCCCAGGCCAUAAAUAUAAACAAUCAAAUGUCAGGCAGGAUAAGCCAAGGACCCAUUGUGUCGGAAUUAGAUUAUUAUAUUUGUCCCCCAAAUGGCACCACUUUCCCCACAUUCAAAGCAUGCAGCAAAAUUCACGCUCGCAAGUCAAAGCAAAGAAAUUUGCCUAAUAACGUCUCGUAUCUCGAAAAACUCUGUUAGUCGUAUCUGAAGGCAGCACUGUAUAUUUUGGGCAAUUUUAUUUAACUUUUUGAUGGGUUUACAAUGUGUAGUGUGGAAGAAGCGAGAUGGACAUCAAAGACACAUGCGUACACAUAUAUGCCCACUUUUAGACACAAUUCUAGUCCUAAAACAAUCAAGUUAAAAAGGGAAAAAAAAAGUUUAAAGGGGACAAAUAGAAAAUGUAUGUAUACAAAUAGCACAUUACCCCGCCUGGCCUCGCCUCUGAGCGAGCUGCUGUCAAUUUAGCCAAAUUGUGACGUAACAGUAUGGCUAAUUUACGUGUCCUUCGCAGUGUCCCUGUGAUGGAAAAUUGGCCGGUGAAUCAAAACCAAGGCGAGUAGUGCCCUGCAGUGGAAAAGCAGCAGUAGUGCUUUGUUGUGUAUAUUGUUUUUUGUUUUUUUUUCACCAAAGAUGAUGUGGCAUCAUAUAUAUUAUAUUAAAAAAGGCAAUACAAGAAUAGAGUGACUGUGAAAUGGGCGCCACGACAACAUUGAUUUUAUGAUUUCUUCAAAUAUGUUUAUCGUUUCUUACCCGUGGCAACUGACGCGUGCAAGGUUUUUGUUAAGACUGAUUUGCGGGUUUAUUCAAUAGGCUGAUGGAUUUGUGAAUAUGGACAUUUUCUCUUGUGCGAUUCAUGAUUUCUUUAGUAUUUGUACAGUUUUCCUUCCUAUGUGUUUGAGAGCGAGAUUGUGUCGUGGUUACAAAAGUUCAGUGUAACAACAACAGAGCGUAUGGAAAUGAAU